AUUACCUUAAUCAUGUCAAAAUUAUUUUCAGGCCAUACCCAAUUUUCUAAACAUUUCUGAACUAUUUAAAUCACAGUAGUCCAUGGUGCAGAAUGGAGUUUCAAAAUCUCCAAAGCUUGCUGAACAGGGCCACUGCGCCUGCUAGUGAAGAGGAAGCAAAGCACUAUUGCACAAGAUUCACUACUUUGGUUAACCAGGAACCAGAUGGAGCAUCAAGAGCUAUCACCCUACUCAUAGCUAAAGUACAAAGUCAAAAUGAGCCUGUUGCUCUUAGAGCUAUCCACGUCAUGGAUCAAUGCUCCAAGUAUUGUGGGAAACCAUUUCAUACACAGAUUGGAAAGUUUAGGUUCCUGAAUGAGUUGAUCAAACUAGUCAGUCCAAAGUAUGCUGGUGGACAAACGCCAGAUGCAGUACGGAGUGCUAUUGUGCAACAGCUGAAACUUUGGUCCAAUGCAUUCAAGGACCAACCAAAGAUAAUUGAGGCUUUCAACAUGCUUGAGAAGACUGGUAAUACCAAAAUUCAGAUGGUCAAGAAAGGCGAAUUUACGUAUGCGGCAGGAGAGGAUGCCGAUAAAGCUGCUUUGUUAGCACAACUUCUGAAAAGCAAGAACAAAUCAGACUUGGAGACUGCUAACAAAAUGAUUAAGGACAUGGUAGCUGCUGAAAGUCGUAAAGUGGAGCAGGAUCACGAGAUGCUAAAAGAGGUAUCUCUCAUUCACAACAACGGUAGAUUGCUGUCUGAGAUGCUGGCUAAUAAAGACACAACCAGUGAUGAGAAGCUGCUGUUGAACGAACUUCAUAAAACUUGUCUCGAACUCAGGCCCAAAUUGUACAGGCUGGCGGGCCAACUUUCCGAUAGCGCCCAAUUGUCAUCAGUGGUAGAAGCAGGGGAAACAUUGAACCGUGCCAUAGAGCAGUACGAGAUGUUGGGGACUAAUGGAGCAGGGAGCGGAGUACCACCCCAACUAACUCCUUACCAGCCACCAUCUAUCCAAUCACCUGGCUCUUCAACAGCACCCCCUCCAGCAGAGCCCAGUGCUGAUAUGGAGAGUACGACUCUGAUAAACCUAGAGGAAGAAGUGAGCACUUCAGCUUCUGGGGCUAAAGAUGCCAUAUCAGCGGACGAGUUUGAGGAUUUCUUGUCAGCGGUAACAGCUGGAUCUUCUCAAAGUUCUGGAGUGAAUAACGCGGUGCCCCCAUCUGUUCCUGUCUCUACCCCUAAUAUUACAACUGCAACCCUCCAAACAACUUCUAGUGCUAAUGGAACGACGGAGACUAAGUCGUCCGGUCUAUUCGGAGGAAUGACACUGCAGCCCCAACAGCCGGUGUCUCAGUCAGCACCCCUCCAGCCUGCAGCUCCUCAACCUGCAGCUCCUCAACCUGCAGUCUCACAACCAUCUUCUGCAAACAAUGAUUUUGCUGAUUCUUUUGGUCUACUCGAGCUCGAUACUCAACCUCAGACAACGACUACACAAGCUGGCUCGACCACCACUGGAGCAAGUGGAUCUCUUCUUGAUGAUCUCUUCUCCUCGCCCAGCCAGCCACUAUCUCAACAAAGUAGCGGACUUAGUUUACUGGAUCCAACCCCAUCAUCGAAUAACCUCAGUUUUCUCGAUUCCAGUCAAGGCUUUGGUAUAUUUGAUACAAGUGGGCCCAGCUUAGGGGGUGAUCUUCUUCAGCCCAUGUCGGUAUUGCAGCCAUCUUCGUCUUCUGCAGCUCAGCCGGAGCCGGCGCCCACUGGAGACAAGUUUGAUUUGUUAAUGCCCGAGAUAAAAGGAACAUCGUUUACUGCCCCGCCAAAAAUAAAACCCACACUCUCCCAAAUGAAGAAAGUUGAACCAGUGAGAGCGCCCUCUCCUCUGCACGCCAAUCCUCUGCACGCCCCUCCAACUACCCCUCCCCGUGAUGUUUUAGCCGAUGUUGAAGUACCCCUCACUCUGAUCCGGCCCUCAAACGACCCACCUACACUUGUGUUCGAUAGUGGAGUUGUGAGGGUGAACCUCUACAAAACUGAGAACAAACCUCAGCCUGAUGUGUCUGUUUGGUUGAUGACGAUUACCAACUCUUCAACAGCCCGCAUCGAUGACGUCAGUUUGGAAAUUGCUUCAAGUGGUACAGAUAAGGUUAAGCUCAGCGCUCCUUCAUCAACAAAGCUGUCACCGUUUUCGCCGAUUUGCCCGUCUUCUCCUAUCCAGCAAGUGGUGAUAGCAACCAGUGGUACAAACUCUCUACAGUACAAGCUGAAAUUCGACAAAGAAGAAAGAGUGGGACAAUUAAUUUGCUUUAGGAGAUUGUAUUAUAUAAUAGAAUUUGGAAGCAAUAUUUUUUAUAUGUUCGUCACCUGAAUUGUUAUGGACGGGUGUCAAAAUUGGAGAUAAAAUAUACAGUCUUUGUAAUACCGAUUUUAAAUAAAUAUGAAUACGUUUAAUUUGACAACGCAUAUCUAAAGCCUUUUGCGUUAUGUUUAAAACAUGCUUCUUAGACGAAAAUAUCGAAAGAUAAGCAAAGUUGGAGGGCAUGCUCGCUUAAACUUUCUAAAAACUUUCCAGAUUUAAAAUUAUUGAGAAUACAACUUCAGUCUUCAGCUGUAGUCCUCUGUUUUUCUGAGGGCUAUCUGAGAGUGACACGUCAUGUGACACUUCACACAGCACAGAGCUGUGCAGAGUUUCAUCUUCAUGAUGAAAUAAAACAUCAACAAUUUUUUAAUCACAACGAUGAAAUUUUGUAAAUUUAAAGUAGAUACUAAAUAGAUAAUUCUUUGUAUACAAUACUCAUGAUAAAAUACGAGACACUUUUCAUGUUUCCUAGUUUUUGAUCUGUCAUUCAGCGUUAGUUCUUAAGAUGCGCCAUGAUGCAUUCUGUGACAUGUCAAGCGUAUUAAAGACAGUUUGAUUUUAGGGCGAUUACAAUUGGGAUUAUACAGGGGAUACAAUAUAUUUCAAGAUGCGGUUUAAAGGGCAAAUUGUGGUGAAUGAUGCAGUUUUUUAUAAAGUAGAAAAUGUAUACAUAUAUAUAGUAUGUUUGGUGAACACACUAUUCAAAUUUCAAAAUUUCAAGUGUUUUAGUUGCGUAUAUAGUUUUGUUUAUUAUGUUGUUGAUUGUACCUAAAGUAAAAAAUUUGUUUUA